CUUCCUUCUAACUCACCCCACUUUUGAAUUAAUCCUCCCCACUUCCCUCCCACUCCCCUCUUUCCUCUCCCUCCCUGCGCCCAAAUCCCCUCUCCUUCUCUUCCUAUUUUCUUUUUUCUUCUCUCCCUCCCUGCACCCAACUUCCUUCUCCCUCUUUUCCUCUUUUCUUUUUUCUUUUCUCCCCCUCCCUGCACCCAACAUUCUUCAGCCUCUUUUCCUCUUUCCCUCUUUCCUUCUCCCUCAUCUGAAUCUGUACAGAAAAACAAGAGGAGUCACAAUUGAAUCUACUUUGCUCUCUCAAAUAUUAUUCAUGAGGAACUAUUUAUGCUCUUUGCAUGGCGGGGAUAAUGAACCUUCGAUGCAUGUGUUUGAUAAACCGAAUGAUGGCAGAAAAAGGAUUGAGGAAGUCAAGAAUGAGAUAUUUUGAAUACAUGAUAACUAAAUAUUUUAUUCUUGUAACUAGCUCUAUUGUAAAAUUAAGGUUCUUGUGUUUAGAAUGAUAGUGUAAUUGAAGUUGCUAAUGUCUACAAUGUAUGUUUUGUGUUAUGAAAAUGAAGUUGGAUGUUUUGUGUUGGACACAUACAAUUGUCUAUGUGUUUCCUUAUUUUGUCUUUGUGUAAUUGAAAUAUCAUCUGUCAUUGUUUAUAUUGUCUGUGCAAGAUUAAAACAUUGUCUGUUCGUUUGUUUUGUCUGUACAUAGAUAAUAAUUGUUAUCCGUGUAUUCAUAUAUUUCGUCUGUGUGCGAUUAAAAC